AUGCCUUCUGCUGAUCCCAUCGUGGCCGUCCCUGCCAACGGCGCCGUCAAUGGCACAAAUGGCGAAUCUCGUCCGCAAACGCCGAUGACCGGAAUGGCCUUGACUGAGUACAGCGCAAACCCCUCGACACCAUCCGCAGAGAAGCAGGCCCGCCUCAGAGAGAUUGUUCCUGAAGAAUACCUUCUUCCUACUGGAUACCCUGACUACCUUCGUCUCAUCGCCAGCGCUACUUCUCGAGUUUACGAGGCCUGCAAGAUCACUCCCCUCACCCACGCCAUCAACCUGAGCAACCGACUCGAAUGCAAUGUCCUCCUCAAGCGUGAAGACGAGCAGCCCGUAUUCAGCUUCAAGCUGCGCGGCGCUUACAACAAGAUGGCUCAUCUCGACCCCAAGAAGAGCUGGAAGGGUGUAGUCUGCUGCUCCGCCGGUAACCAUGCCCAGGGCGUCGCCUACUCUGCCCGCAAGCUCAAGAUUCCCGCGACCAUCGUCAUGCCCGAAGCGACUCCUAGUAUCAAGCAUCUCAAUGUCGCCCGUCUUGGUGGUCAUGUGGUAUUGCACGGCGCUGAUUUUGACGCCGCCAAGGAGGAGUGUGCACGAAGAGAGGUCCAAGAUGGACUCAUCAAUAUUCCUCCUUUUGAUGACCCUUAUGUCAUUGCUGGCCAGGGCACUAUCGGAAACGAGUUGUUCGGUCAGGUCAACAUGGCCAAGGUAGAGGCCAUCUUUUGCUGUGUCGGCGGUGGCGGUCUCAUUGCUGGAAUCGGUCUCUAUGUCAAGCGCAUGGCUCCCCACGUCAAGAUCAUUGGUGUCGAGGCUCACGAUGCCAACGCCAUGGCGCAAUCGCUGAAGAAGGGCGAGCGUGUUCUUCUCAAGGAAGUCGGCCUGUUCGCUGACGGCGCCGCUGUCAAGAUCCCCGGAGAGGAGACUUUCCGUAUCUGCAAGGAGGUCAUCGACGACGUUAUCGAAGUGUCAACCGAUGAGAUCUGCGCUGCUAUCAAGGACAUGUACGACGACACCCGUUCAGGUCUCGAACCAGCCGGUGCUCUUUCCAUUGCCGGUCUCAAGAAAUACGUUAGUCAGAACCCCUCGGACGAUUCGAAGCGCAACCUCAUCGCUAUUACUUCGGGCGCCAACAUGAACUUUGAUCGCCUGAGAUUCGUCGCUGAGCGUGCUACCAUGGGUGAGGGCAAGGAAGCUCUUCUUUCUGUCCAGAUCCCCGAGCGCCCUGGUGCCUUCUCCGAACUCAUCAACAACAUCAUGCCCCACGGUGUCACAGAGUUCAGCUACCGCUACUCAACAGACGAAGUCGCCAACAUCCUCAUCGGUGUCUCACUCACAGCCCCCGCUCACCAACGAUCCGAAGAACUUCGCUCCCUCAUCGAUCGCAUCCAAUCAAACAACAUGACCGUGACAGACCUCUCAAACGACGAACUCGCCAAGAGCCAUAUCCGAUAUCUCGUCGGUGGACGAUCCGGUGUCCCCAACGAGCGCCUUUACAUGUUCACCUUCCCCGAAAGACCAGGAGCUCUUGAGAAGUUCCUCGUCACACUUCGUCCCAAGUUCAACAUCAGCUUGUUCCAGUACCGUAACUACGGCGGCGACGUCGGCAAGAUCGUUACCGGAAUAUUAUGUCCUGACGAAGAGGUCACCGAGCUUCACAACUUCUUGCGCAAGAUCGGUUAUCCUUACGAGGACUGCACCGAGUCACCAGUAUUCAAGACAUUCUUGCGAUCAUAA